UCUCGCAACUCACGCCCUUGUCAGCUUUUUUUUCUCUCUGGGAACUAUGUUUUGAGUUGGUGGACGUUUACCACUAGGGGUAGGCUGAGCCUGUGGAACAGGGGAGAGAAGCUGUUAGAGACAGGCUGGAGAGAGCCCGGUGAGGAAUUUGAGAGAGAGAGAAUCGACGGCUCACAGAGAGAGAGAAAAACCAAAAUUAAACAGGAGCCAACACAAUGUGUAAUCCAAAAGGCUCCCAACGCCAGAGAGUGAGGGACCCCCCCGAGGGAGGCUGGGGAUGGGUGAUUGUCUUCGAUCUCUUUGCGAUCAAUGUGUUGGCCAUGGGAAUACUGAAAUCAUUUGGGAUCUUAUCUGCAGCACUUCAGGAAACUUUUCAGGCAUCUAUGGAACAGAUUGGCUGGAUUGGAUCGAUUCUAUCAUGCGUGCGUUUAACUGCAGGUCCAAUUGCUUGUAUAUUCUGUGCAAAGAUAGGUGAGAGGCAAACUGGGAUUCUGGGGGCAGCCAUGGUAUCUACUGGAUUGUUCAUAAGUUCAUUCGUUGACAGAAUUGCCUUCCUCUAUGUCACACUUGGCUUAUUGGCAGGAUGUGGGUUUGCCUUCCUAUCCCAGGCUGCAGCUCUCAACACAACCAAGUACUUCCGCAGAAAGCUUACCACGGCAUGUGCCAUUUCCCGCUCUGGCACAGGACUCACUUUCGCCGUGGCACCAUUCCUGCAAUAUCUUCUCUACGAGUACGGCUGGCGAGGUGCGAUAUUGAUUCUGUGUGGAUUAACACUGCAUCUGAUUCCAUUGGGAAUGCUGAAUCGUCCAAUUUAUUUGAAGCAAGACCAGCCUGAAGACUGCGAUCGAAGGGAAUGUCACCAGCGACAGCUUCCCGAUGAUAAAAGGGAUGUGGUCCCUGCUGGAGUGUCAAGGGCACAGCUUCCUAUCAAUCGCCGUGUCAAACCUGUCAGAAGAUCUCUCUCAAGUCAGAGUGGACUGGAGGAGUCGAACUCUUUACAAAGUGAUCUGAAACAAGCUGUGAAGCCCAGUGCUGCUGACGGAUUGUCGAUUUUACAGCCUAAGGAGCUCUCCCUACUCCAGGAUCCUGUUUCAUUAAGACAGAUGCAUUCGACUGCCCUACCUGGCUGUAAAGCCCAAAAUGGUGACUCAAAUCCAUUAGUAGCCACAGAUACCAUACCAACAGACACAAGACACAAGGGCCUAUGUAGGGAAUUUGGUGCACAACUAAAGUCUGUUUCUGACAGUGUGAAAAAUCUCAUUGACUUUACCCUGUUGACAAAUCCACUCUUUAUUAUUUAUACAAUUUGCACCUUUUUCAGCCAAUUGGCCUAUUUCAUACCAUAUUUCCAUGUGGUAGCCAAGGCUAAAGCUUUGGGCAUUGAACCAUUCCAAGCUACAUUACUCAUUUCAGUUGCUGGAAUCGUUGAGAUUGUGGCUCAGCUUAUCUCUGGCUACGUCGCCGACCGUAACUUGAUAGCGAAGUAUCAUUACCACAAAAUCUACUUGCUGUUUUGUGGAGCUGUCAAUCUGCUGGCACCCCUAGCAAAAACGUUCCCAUCACUAAUGGUGUACAUAGUGUUCCUCGCUAUGUUCUGUGGGGGUUAUCUGACUUUGUUGCUUCCAGUCCUGGUUGACUUUAUUGGAGUCCAUAGAAUACACAAAGGAAUGGGCCUUUACCAGUUCUUUGUGGGAAUUGGUUGUUUGAUAGGACCACCAGCAGCAGGUGCUCUUCAUGACUACACCAAAAAUUACGAUGCUUCGUUCCAACUGGCAGGCUCCUGUUACUUUGUUUCAUUCUUAGUUUUAUUCUUUAUUCCACUGGCUGAGAGGAAACUGCAAAAAGAGACUAAGAAAAGAGUAAUAGAAGACUCCACUAACUUAGCGCCGGAAUGUAAUCGCCCUCUAUCUGUUGAGCAGUCACCAGUGAAGGAGUAUCUGGAAUUGGAAAGCAUGGUGUGAAUGUGACCCUGCUCUGCACUGCUUAUGUGAGUGUGGGCAUUGGGAGCACCAACAGACUUUGCCAAUACUGGUGCCUUCAGUUUGAAUUUAAUAAGGGAGGAAAUGCGAAUGGAUGUCAGAUACUUGCACAGAUCACAUUGAGGAGAAACUGGAAAUUUGACAGAUCAAUACGACUGAACUUUUUAUAGCAGUUCCAAGACAAUCAGCAUUGGAAGAAAGGAGCGCAGCACUUUACUUGAAAAUUCAUAUUGAAUACUAAAGAAUAAUUAUUUCAACAUAGCAAUAUUUAUGAUAUUUUCACUUUAUAGGUUUAGAAUAAGUGUAUUUAACAAUGGGCAACCGAGGGACUGAUGCAAGUGAAACCAUCAGUGUAAAGGAAGUUUUAAUGGAUCGGAAGUGACUGGAACCCUUUAAAGUUUAAAAUGAAAUCCAAUGUUACGGUUCGGCAAAUUGUAGAAUUAUUCUAGAAUGAAUACUGAGGAAAUCUUGAGACCAUAUCACUUCCUCGCUCAUGAAGUAGCAAAGAUGAUACAAAUUGGGGGAAAUGCAUAAGAACAAAGAAGAUCUAGGUGAAACAGAGGGCGAGUGUAACACUGUCAUGGAAUGGAUGAUCAGUGAUUCCGAGUUCAAAUCUAUUUCUGUUAGGGUUGUAAUGCUGACUGCAGAUAUGAUAGACUGCAGUGUUGCUCAUUAAUUAAUAUGGCAUCUGUUCCUUUCCAUCCUUCCCUCUAUAUAGUGCCUUGGGACAAUUUUGUAUAUUAAAGUUGCUGUGUAA